AUGAACAGCGUCAACUGUAGCUUGUUGGCCGCCGGAAAGGCAGCGCUGUCUUCUGUGGAUGUUGGCAAGCUAGUGCGCCUUGCCUUUGGAUCAACUGUAGAGAGGAAAAGCGCCAGAGUUCAAGGCUGCCGCUCAUACGUUUACUGCGAGUCAUCAAAGGAUAUUACAUCACCGACCUCUGACCAUCUACUACGAAUUACACAAUUAGAAGCUGAGCUCAAUCGUGAAAAGAAGCGCGGACAAGACUUAGAGGCUGAACUGCAACAAUCAAUUAUUGAAAGUCAAUCUAUCCAGUGGCAUCAAGUAGGUACAGAAAUUAACGCAGAGCUGAAUGCGCUACAGAGAGCUGGAGGAAUCAUGUCACCAGAUCCAGUUGAUGCAGCAGAUGCAUCUUCACUGUCUGCAGACUUUAGUUUACAUAAUCUACACAGCCAAUUACUUACACACGCUUCCAAAAUUACAUCACUGCUUUCCUCGAUAGGCCAAACUGACACCACUACAGGACCAAAAGAUAUCUACAGCUUCGCAGCAGUCUGCUUACUAGCGAAGAAGGCAAGUGACAACGUCAAAGGUUUUCAGCUUCUAGUUAGUUUGAUGUUGGUUGCCAGGGCAACUAGUACACAAGUCAUUACUACUCUUAAACAUAUGGGUGUCUGCUUGUCAUAUAGUCAAACUUUUAGGUAUGUGGAAAACGCUGCAAAGGCAAUGAAGCAGAACAGAGAGCUUCAACAUGGAGACUGGAUCGUUGCCUAUGACAACAUAAAUAUUGAGAAAAGUGUCACCCAUGAGAGACAUGCCAGACAUACAGAGGCAUGGAACUUCACGAGCCGUUUGGCUGUCAAAGUAGCCAGACUUCCCCCACUUGAUUACAACAAAACAGAAUUACCACAAUGCACUCGAGGAGAUUUAGCUAUAGACAAGAGUUCAGAAGGUACUCAUACAUAGAUUCAAAUGCUGCAAUCACCUUAAAGCAAGACAUCAAUAUGACAACCAUGACCAACCAACAACAAAAUCUAAUAUCCACCCUA